AUGAUCGAUCGACACUCCACCUCCGACUGGGCGGCGCUGGGCUCGCUGCUGGAGUCGCCGCCCGCGCCCAGAACGGUGGCGAGCACCUCGUACGGCUCCGACGCACCGGUCAGCUACUCGGGCCCAACGCCAGGCAUGAUCGGCGCGCCAAAGCCAAAGGCGCCUCUGCGGCCGCAGCAGGCCGGCUCUCUCUGGGCUAGCAAGCCGAAGGAUGCAAAGGCGAUCUGGACGGAGGCGGAAGUGGGGGAAGAGGCGGGCGACGCGCACGACCUCGACGACGGCCGGCCGCAGCCCGAGUACGAGAUUGUCUUCAAGCAGCGUGUCUCGCCGGAGGACCUCUUCCUCGGUGAGUGA